AUGAGUUGCCAACCUUUUACUUCAGUUGAUAGUUUUGUUUCUUUGAAUUCUGAAUCUUCUGCUACUCUGCCUCUGAUAAUGCAUCACAGUGCUGCUGAAUGCUUGCCAGCCUCCAACCAUGCUACGAAUGUAGUGUCAACAGUCCCGUCUAUUUUGUCUUUGAUCCAAACUCCUAAAUUUUCGCACAUGCAUUUCUCCAUGACAACUUUUGGAAAUACAUCAGCAAGUCUUCAUUAUUCCGUACCUUCCUGCCAUUAUGGAAACCAACAGUCUACCUAUGGGAUGAUGACAGGUAGCUUAACCCCUUGCCUUUAUAAAUUUCCUGACCAUACCUUAAGUCAUGGGUUUCCACCCAUGCACCAGCCUCUCCUGGGAGAUGACCCCACAGCCAUUGACUUUAAGCAGGAAUUCCAUCGAAAAAGCAAAUCGAUUGAAGAACCAACUGACAUGGAUUCUCCUGAAAUUCAAGAACUGGAAAAGUUUGCUAAUGAGUUCAAAUUGAGAAGAAUUAAAUUAGGCUAUACCCAGACAAAUGUUGGGGAGGCUCUGGCUGCAGUACAUGGCUCUGAAUUCAGUCAAACAACUAUAUGCCGGUUUGAAAACCUGCAGCUCAGUUUUAAAAAUGCUUGCAAACUAAAAUCAAUAUUAUCCAAGUGGUUGGAUGAAGCUGAGCAAGUAGGAGCUUUAUACAAUGAUAAAGUGGGGGCAAAUGAGCGGAAAAGGAAAAGGCGAACAACCAUAAGCAUUGCAGCUAAGGAGGCACUGGAGAGAUAUUUUGGAGGACAAAGUAAACCCUCUUCUCAAGAGAUUAUGCGGAUGGCUGAAGGCCUGAAUCUUGAGAAAGAAGUAGUGAGAGUUUGGUUUUGCAAUAGAAGACAGAGAGAAAAAAGAGUGAAAACAAGUUUACACCAGAGUUCAUUUCCCUCCAUUGUUAAGUAACAUCUCGAAUAUAGAUGAAAUGUGUUAAUUUAGAGAAGUGGAUUCUCUCUAUCAUUCAUUUUCCCUGUCAAAAUCUAGAAAGCAACUAUUUGAGUUGCCUCUUCCCAAACAUAAUUAUGGAAAGUAAAUUAUUAUAUUAUCCAAUUUAUUUCUUUAAAAUCAUUCAAUACUUAUUAUAAAACUAUAUUUUCACUUAAAAUAUUUUUGUUCAUAAGGCAUGAUACAUUUUAGGCAAAAGAUGGCUAUUUAUGGAAUAAUGUGAUAUUUACAUAUGGAGACCUUUUAGUGAAAAGGUUUGUUUUCACAUAGUCUGCUUAGCCUAUCUUUAUUUCUAAGUUUCUGAGGUAUGAGAUAGAUAAUGAAAGGCUGUCACCAACAGGGAAGAGUGAUAAACAAACAAACAAAAAAAACCUCAAAAAACCUUUAUAGCGUCAGUUACACUUCUAUUAUCAAUUCUUACAGUUUGAAUCAAAAUAUUUUGAUUUACUUCCUUAAGGAUUGUACUUCCUUAAAGAUUCAGUUGUGAUUAUCAGUAAACAGUCAUGUUUUAAAUUUCCUUAAAUAUAUUAGAAUUUUUGUAUUAGCCAAGAUGAAAGUCAAUAUUUUUAUCUGCAAAUACCCAUAAUUAAGGAAUAAGGUGUUAGAACUCUAAGUAAAACUCUCCUUUUGAAUUUUCUAAGUAAUUCUUUUCAGACAUUAAACUCUUUGGAGAUUAAUUAUAGUCCAUUCAUAUCAUAGGUCCAUCUGAAUAUACAAUCACUAUUAACUUUGGCUAUAUGCUUGCUGUUAUAACCCAUAAUGUUACAAACCCAGGCUGUUCUAAUCUUCUGCAAGUGAGACGGUGUUCUUCUAUAAAAGGCCAACAUUAUCGGGUUAGACUGUAUUUUAUUAGCAAUGAAAAGAUUAAAUCUGCUUAAUGCUUUUCUUUCAAUUCAUAGGAACAUAGUUAAGUAGAACUUGUUUAAUGUUCAAGAAUGAACUAUUUGAAACUUGGAAACAGUGGCAACUGUGAUGAAAAACAAAUCCACAAAAUAACAUUUUGCUUUUGUGUGUGUGUAGUGUGUUUGCCUGCAUUAUUUUAUGUAAAUGUACCUUUAAAUAUCUAUUUUCUAAGUUGUAAUUUAAGAAUACUUACUAAAUAAACCAUAUACUCCACA